ACCAUUUCUUGUGUGGGAACUAAAACACCUCCACCCAAUAACCCUAAUUAACCAGAGGAAAGAAACCAGAAAACAGUAAUGAUGGAACCCCAGAAUGAGCCGCAGCUGCCUCCGGUGAGCCCCAACGGCCUCUACUUCAACAGCUCUGCCGUUUCCCUCGUAAUCCUUGCCGUUUUGGAAACCGAACAACCCAUCAAAAUCCCACCUCACCAACUCGUUUCCUUUCUCGACACCUACCUCCUCUCCCUCCACCCUCGUUUCUCCUCCGUCAUUGUGACAGGGAGGGACGGAGAAAAACGAUGGAAAAGGGUGGGAGUCAACCUCAAGGACCACAUCAAGACCGCAGUUUUCCCACAAGGCAAGUCGCCGGAAUACUACGAGGGCUGCUUCAACGACUACCUGUCGGAGAUAUCUGCCGAGCAGCUGCCCGAGACGCAGCCGCUGUGGGAGAUCCAUCUCGUGAAGUACCCGACGCUGAACGCGGCGGGAAACGUGAUCUUCAAGAUUCACCACGCCAUCGGAGACGGAUACUCACUGAUGGCGGCGCUGCUCUCUUGCUUCAAGCGAUCCGACGAUCCUUCUCUCCCCCUCACUUUGCCCAGCCACCGAAUCCGGAAGCUGUCGUCGUCGGAUGAUGGGAAUGUCGUUGGUGCUGGGAAGAGGGCGGCGGUGUCGAGAGUGUUGGCGGCGGUUUUGAGUACGGCGUCGGAUUUGUGGCUCAACUUUUCCAAGACGAGGUUUUUGGAAGAUGAUCUGUCGCCGAUACGGUCCGGAGAUCCGACGGUCGGGCUCCGGCCGAUCUCUGCGGCGACGAUGACGUUCUCUCUUGAUGAGAUCAAACAGAUUAAGAGUCAGCUUGGAAUGACUGUAAACGACGUGAUAACGGGGGCUGUAUUCUUGGGAACGCGACUGUACAUGCACGCAGUGGAUCCAGGAUCUGACGGCGCAGACACGACAGCGUUAGUCCUGCUUAACACCAGGAUGCUACGAAGCUACAACUCCAUUGAGGAGAUGGUGAAGCAAGAAACGAAUUCCCCAUGGGGAAACCACUUCUCCUUCCUCCACGUCACCAUCCCCAAGCUCACUACUUCUACUACUGCAACCUCAAACGACAGUGAUGAUGCGUUGGAAUUCGUGAGGGCGGCCAGUGCCAUCAUUCAAAAGAAACGACAUUCUCUCGCUGUUCCCCUCACCGCCAAACUCCUCCAUCUUUACAGGAAACUCAAAGGAUCCGAGGCUGCAGCAGGUUACGUGUACAGGGUGAUGAAGAGCACGAGCAUGCUGAUUACCAACAUGAUUGGUCCUGUGGAGAAAAUGAGCAUGGCUGAUCACCACAUCAAAGGCAUCUACUUUUUGGUCUCUGGAAAUCCGCAGAAUGUUCAGACGACAAUAGUAAGCUACAUGGGAGAGCUGAGGGUAUCAGUAGCAGCGGAGAAAGGAUUCAUAGAUCCCAAUACGUUCAAGUCCUGCGUUGAGACAGCCUUCCGCCUCAUUCGCAAAUCUGCCUGCACCGCUUCUCAUUAAUGAUCACUUGGUGGAAAAGCAUGAAGCUAACAGUGAGAUGUAACCCUUCAAGCAGUUUGAAUUUACUCUUUCUCGUACGAGUUGCUGUUGACAGUUCGUGAACCUCUUCGACCCUUUUUUCAAUAACGUGUAUGUACUUAUAAUAUGGUGUGUAUUUCUGAUUUUUUUUUUUUUGAAAUAUGGUGUCUGGUUAUGGCACCUUCGCAGUUUCACCAAAGUUAUUUAUUAGCUCCGACUUGCUCG